UAUUCUCCAAAGUAGCAACCCCAGCAACCCCAAAGCAGCAACCCCAGCAACUACAAUACCUACAACAACCCCAGCAACAGAAGAACUAAUCGAAUUAACAAUACCAGUAUCUAGCCCAAGAAGGCCAGAAACACCUAUAGGUGAAGUUGUCAAAACAAAAAGUCAAUCACAAGUUUAUAGUACCGAAGAUAUAGAAGAUGAGAGUGAAGGUGAGAGUGAAGGUGAGAGUGAAAGCGUAGAUGAAGGUGAAGGUGAAGAUGAGAGUGAAGGUGAAGAUGAAAGUGAGGUUGCAGGUAAAAAAAAGGAACAAGGGAAAAGAAAAAGGGGAAGGGAAAAGAGUAAAGCGAAAAAAAGAUUGAAAAAAAGACAUAACUAA